AUGUACUGGAAGGAUGAGCAGACCCUCAACUGCCCCGCCGUGGAGGAACUCAAAGCGGUCACAGAGACCAAAAGCUCAACACAAGAGCUUUUGGAGGAAGAAGUGUCAUGUUUAUCGUCCUCGUCCUCAUCUCCAACAGCUUCUUCACCACAUGCCAUGGCUGAGAAAACCAUCUGCACCAGUUGCGGAAUGCAAAUAGUAGACAAAUACCUGCUCAAGGUAAAUGAAAUGUGCUGGCACGUGCGCUGCCUCUCGUGCAGCGUGUGUCAGACGUCACUCGGUCGGCACAUCAGCUGCUACAUCAAAGAGAAAGAGAUUUUCUGCAAACUAGAUUAUUUCAGGAAAUACGGGACGCGCUGUGCUCACUGCGGCAGGAAUAUUCACUCAAACGACUGGGUUCGUCGAGCCAAAGGAAACACGUAUCACCUGGCGUGCUUUGCCUGCUUCUCGUGUAAACGCCAGCUCUCCACAGGAGAAGAAUUUGCUCUGGUGGAUGAGAGAGUGCUGUGUAGGGUGCACUACGAUCGCAUGCUGGAUAACCUGAAACGUGCCAUGGAGAAUGGAAAAGGAGUAAACGUGGAAGGUGCAGUGCCCUCAGAACAAGAAGUAAACCAACCCAAACCAGCCAAAAGGGCACGGACGAGUUUCACGGCUGACCAGCUACAGGUGAUGCAGGCUCAGUUUGCUCAGGACAACAAUCCAGACGCACAGACCCUACAGAAGCUCGCUGAAAGGACUGGGCUCAGCCGCAGGGUGAUUCAGGUUUGGUUCCAGAACUGUCGGGCUCGUCAUAAGAAGCAUGUGAGUCCCAACCACACGUCCACGGCACCGUUAUCCUCUCUGCAGCCCGGCCGACUCUCCCCGCCGCUGAUGGAGGAGCUGCAGUACACGGCGUUCACUCCAAUGGACACGCCCCUGCUCACCACUCUGCACUCGUACAUGGAUGUUCAGUCUCCAUCCUCGUUGGUGUUCCAGCCUCUCUUGCCUCAUACAAUGACACAGCUACCCAUCAGCCAUGCCUGAGAGAAACAGUCAGUGUACAGGAAAUCGUGAGGAACUUUUUCAUCUCUCUGUUGGGUCUUGCACGCACACCCACACCCAUGCUGGUCCUGAUGGGUGUUUACUGAAGGAUUGUUCGUUCUGCAGGGAUCUUGCGACGGUCCAAGAAAAAAGAGGUUCAGUGUAAUUGUGACUGGCUGAAGUUUUUGUUUAAUAUAUAUAAUAUCUAUAUAACGGUCGAAUACGUCAUGUUUAAUUUAUUUCUUGUAUGUGAC